UCAAAUCCUCAGACUCUUCUUCUUCUUCUUUUCUAUAGUUUCAAAUCUCUGUUAAUGUGAUGAUGAUUUUCCAUUUUCAUGAAAGAUCACGUUAAACCCUAACUAUUCAAUUCUAUUGAGGAAUAGGAAUUCGUUUCAAAUAAUUGUUAUUAGUUUUCUCUGAAAUUAACGAAAAGAUGAGUUUCAGAGAAGAUAGUGAAGAUGGGAAGGAUUUGCGGAAACCAUUUCUACAUACUGGAAGUUGGUAUAGAAUGGGAUCAAGACAAUCUAGUAUGAUGGAGAAAAUUGGAUCCUCCGCGAUGAUGCGUGAUGGUUCAGUUUCUGUUGUUCUUUGUGUUCUUAUUGUUGCUUUAGGUCCAAUUCAGUUUGGUUUCACGGGAGGAUAUUCAUCUCCUACACAAGAUGACAUCAUUCGAGAUCUCGGACUUACAAUUUCAGAGUUUUCGGUUUUUGGUUCUUUAUCAAAUGUGGGUGCUAUGGUUGGAGCUAUUGCUAGUGGUCAGAUUGCCGAGUACAUUGGCAGAAAAGGGUCAUUGAUGAUUGCAUCUAUUCCUAAUAUCAUCGGUUGGCUCGCCAUUUCAUUUGCCAAAGAUUCUUCGUUUUUAUACAUGGGAAGGUUAUUGGAAGGAUUCGGCGUGGGAGUCAUUUCCUACGUGGUGCCAGUUUAUAUAGCAGAGAUAGCCCCUCAGGAUAUGAGAGGUAGUCUUGGAUCAGUCAAUCAGCUUUCUGUCACAAUCGGAAUCAUGUUGGCUUAUAUCUUGGGAUUAUUUGUUGAAUGGAGAGUGCUGGCAGUUAUGGGAAUAAUUCCUUGUACAAUCUUAAUCCCAGCGCUAUUUUUCAUCCCCGAGUCCCCUCGUUGGCUGGCAAAAAUGGGAAUGACGGAAGACUUCGAAGCAUCUUUACAAGUUUUGCGGGGAUGGGAUACUGACAUUACUCUUGAAGUGAAUGAAAUUAAGAGGUCUGUACAAACAUCAUCAACUCGAAGAACUGCAAUCCGCUUCUCUGAUCUCAAGCAAAGAAGAUAUUGGUUCCCACUCAUGGUAGGAAUUGGGUUACUUGUGCUUCAGCAGCUAAGUGGAAUAAAUGGCAUUCUGUUCUACUCCAGUAAUAUUUUCAAAGCUGCUGGGGUCUCAUCAAGUAAUGUGGCAACUUGUGGACUUGGAGCCGUUCAGGUUAUUGCAACUGGAGUUACUACUUGGUUGGUGGAUAAAGCUGGUCGUCGGCUUCUUCUAAUUGUGUCCUCAUCUGGAAUGACUGCCAGUCUUCUCCUUGUCUCAGUUGCAUUCUAUUUGAAGGAAGUCAUAGACAAGGAUUCUCAUUUCUAUAGCAUUUUGGGCAUAUUGUCACUCGUUGGACUCGUGGCCUUUGUUAUUUCAUUUUCGCUAGGAGUGGGAGCAAUUCCAUGGGUUAUAAUGUCUGAGAUUCUUCCAGUGAAUAUUAAGAGUCUUGCUGGUAGUAUUGCAACACUGGCCAAUUGGCUCACAUCUUGGGUGAUCACAAUGACUGCGAACUUGCUUCUGAACUGGAGUAAUGGAGGAACCUUCACCCUUUACACCAUUGUGAGUGCUUUCACAGUGGCAUUUGUGGCACUAUGGGUGCCUGAGACAAAGGGGAGAACACUAGAAGAAAUUCAAUGGUCCUUCAGAUAAAUAUUCUUUUGGUUAUGGGGGAAGUCUUCAGAGAUAUUCUUAUUUCGCGGCGUCGUCCUUUCUUGCAUAUAAACUGUUCGGAAAUUUUUAUCUCCACCAUUUGUUGAGUUUCACCAGCUCUAUUUCGUGUCUUAAUUUUCGUCUUGUUCUAUUUUUUGUCUUACAUUUUAAGUUUCAUAUUGUAUGUUAAAAAAGUUUUUAACAAUGGGUUCCUCUUAUUCUUCAAAAUGUUGACGGCAAAGAAAUUAUGUAUACAGGCAUUUUCAGUGCACAUAUGAAUCAUUUUAUCGACCUCAUGUUCUCGAGGCCUC